AUGCCGUUACUAGACCCCUCCUCGUGCUGGCCCCCGGCUUCUCUCUGGCAGCGUCUUCUGACCUUGACCUUAACUUCAAGCGGCUCUUCACCUCCUUCAACCCCAAGCCCAAGUGCCUCCAGAGGGCAGAUGCCAAUGGGCCCAAAGAUGGACGCCCAGCCCGCCAGGAAGGGCGAUGGCACACGAGACUUUGCGUGGUGUGGUCGCCCCCGUGGCAUUGCUUCUUGUUUGCUUAAAGAGAAUGACGGGUGCGUGUACAGUGUGGCUGCCGACUGUGCUUACGUGCACACGGAGCUGAAGGGCAUCCUGUGCGCGAGACGUUAUCGUCACUGA